AUGCCUGGUGGGUACGACGACGGCGGAGGCGAGGCUACUGGGGACGAUCGGAGCGAGAAUAAUAUUCGCUAUGGACAUAUCCCGCAGCGCGUGCCGAGGCGGUAUAAGACGAUGAAGAAGGUCGAACUCUUCCACGGAAAUCUCGUUCUCGACUCCGCCGUCCCCUCGAAGCUCCUUAACAUGUGCGCCCUGCGCAACGAGCGCGAGUUCACCCACAUGCGCUACAGCGCCGCCACGUGCGAUCCGAACGACUUCAAGAAAACAGGCUUCACCCUGCGCCAGUCGCAUUAUGACCCGCCGCGCCAGACCGAGCUGUUCAUCGUCAUGACCAUGUACAACGAGGACGACGAGCUCUUCACGCGCUCGAUGCACGGUGUCAUGAAGAACAUUGCCCACCUGUGCAAGCGCGACCGGAGCAAGACGUGGGGCAAGGACGGGUGGAAGAAGGUUGUCGUCUGUAUUGUGUCUGAUGGACGGCAGAAGAUCAAUUCGAGGACAUUGAGCGUUAUUGCGACGAUGGGCGCGUAUCAGGAUGGGAUUGCCAAGAACAUCGUCAAUGGCAGACCUGUCACUGCUCACAUCUACGAGUACACCACGCAGAUCUCCGUCACGCCCUCGAUGAAGAUCGAAGGCGCCGAAAAGGGCAUCGUGCCCGUGCAGCUUCUCUUCUGCCUCAAGGAAAAGAACCAAAAGAAGAUCAACUCGCACCGCUGGUUCUUCAACGCCUUUGGACCUAUUCUGAUGCCAAACGUCUGCAUCCUGCUCGACGUCGGCACGAUGCCGGGCCCGACGUCGAUCUACCACCUGUGGAAGUCGUUCGACAUCAACUCGAACGUGGGCGGCGCGUGCGGCGAGAUCGUGGCGCUCAAGGGCAAGUACGGACAGUACCUGCUGAAUCCGCUGGUCGCUGCGCAGAACUUUGAGUACAAGAUGAGCAAUAUCCUGGAUAAGCCGCUCGAGAGCGUGUUUGGGUAUAUCACGGUGCUGCCUGGCGCGUUUAGCGCGUAUCGGUAUAUUGCGCUGCAGAACGAUGCGAUGGGCGAGGGCCCGCUGCAGAAGUAUUUUCUGGGGGAGAAGAUGCACGGUGCGGGGGCGGAUAUUUUUACGGCGAACAUGUAUCUCGCCGAGGAUCGGAUUCUGUGCUGGGAGCUCGUGUCGAAGCGCGGCGGCUCGUGGAUCCUGCACUACGUCAAGUCGGCGUACGCGGUGACGGACGUGCCGGACCAGGUGCCGGAGCUGAUCUCGCAGCGGCGGCGGUGGCUGAACGGCUCGUUCUUCGCGGCCGUGCACGGGACGGUGCACUUCCACUACAUCUACCGGUCUGCGCACUCGGUCCUGCGCAAGUUCUGGAUCCACGUCGAGGCGGUGUAUCAGCUGUACAACCUGAUAUUUUCGUGGUUCGCGCUGGGCAACUUUUAUAUCGCGUUCGUCAUCCUCACGACGGCGAUCGAGGCGGAAGUGAGCUGGGGCGGGAUCAAGUAUAUUAAUAUUGUGUUGAAUUAUUUUUAUUUGGGGCUGUUGAUUAUGUGUUUUUUGCUGAGUCUGGGGAACAGGCCGCAGGGGAGCAAGUGGGGGUAUACGCUUGCGAUGGUCGGGUUUGCGCUCGUGACGGUGUAUAUGACGACGUCGGCGUUUUUAUUGGCGUUCAAGGGGAUUGAGAAUGUGGAGCAGUCGACAGGCCCGAUUAAUGCGGGGUCGUUCUUUACGAACUCGAUCUUUAGGAAUAUUGUCAUUUCGCUGCUGGCGACGCUGGGGUUGUACCUCGUUGCGUCGAUCAUCUUCUUCGAGCCGUGGCACAUGAUCACGUCGUUCCUGCAAUACCUGCUCCUCGCGCCAUCGUACAUCGCCGUGCUGAACGUGUACGCGUUCGCGAACGUGCACGACGUGUCGUGGGGCACCAAGGGGGACAACAAGGUGUCGACGGACCUGGGCGUCGUCACCACAGGCACGGGCGCGAACAAGAACGAGGUGGAGGUGGCGGUGCCGACGACGGAGACGGAUAUCAAUGCGGCGUACGAGGACGCGAUCCAUGUGCUGAGCACGAAGCCGCCGAAGGAGGAGCAGAAGGUGGAUGCGGCGACGCAGCAGGAGGAUUAUUAUAAGAGUUUUAGGACGAAUGUGCUGUUGACGUGGACGUUGAGUAACGCGCUGCUGGCGGGUGCGGUCGUCGCUGCGACGCCUGGGAAGGGCGAGAACGCGAGUACGGCGGUGAAUGGGUAUAUGGCGUUUAUUCUGUUCUCUGUCGCCGGGCUUGCGUUUAUUCGGUUCAUGGGCUCGACGACGUAUAUGCUUAUCCGGCUGUUUGCCGGUGAGUAA